ACACACACACACACACACACACACACGCACACAACACACAGUAACGCCCCCAGGUUUCUGUAAUCGAGCGUCGAGCUGCAGGAUCCGCGAUAGCGCACGUUUCUUCGGAUGGGAUCCUCGGUAAACACUGCAAAGCUGCCUCGGAUGCGGAGCUCCAGCCCCGCAUCAUCCCCCACAAGUUGUUAGCGUGUGUGUGUGUGUCUGUCUGUCUGUUUGUGUGUGGAUAAAGAGGCGGGCUUCUCUUGGUGUAUCAAAAAAUGACUCGACAUGACUCAAUUUACACGGAAAACGACCCUGGGAAGCAUAACCAGCUGCGAGAGUGAGGCUCAGAUCAUCUGAAUGAAAGUCAGACGUGUGGUUGGGUGGCCAUGGACCCAUUCAGCCUGCUUAUCCUCACCAUCUCGGUAAUCAGUUUCUUCACCUUCCAGUGGCUCUUCCACACAGUCAGCCCCUGGGUGUCCAUACGCAUCAGCCCCAGCUUCCGCGGCCUCAGUGACAAGCAGAAGGUGGAAUGGAACUCAAGGACGGUGUCGACGUUUCACGCACUGUUGGUGGGAAUCUUCUGUCUCUACAUCUUGUUCUUUGAUGAUCCCGUCAAUGAAGAUCCAGUUUGGGGAGAUCCUACACUGGUGAAGACUAAUGUUGCCAUCACAACAGGCUACCUCAUAUCUGAUCUGCUGCUAAUAUUUUACUAUUGGAAGGCCAUAGGCGACAAGUUUUUUGUAGUUCACCACCUGGCAGCGUUGUAUGCUUACUACUAUGUACUGGGCGUUGGAAUGUUGCCUUAUUUUGCUAACUUCCGUCUGCUUGCUGAGUUUUCCACGCCAUGUGUUAACCAGCGCUGGUUCUUUGAGGUACUAGGUUAUCCUAAGUCCUCCCGGCCCAACAUGGCGAAUGGUGUUGCCAUGGCAGUAGUCUUUUUCGUGGUCCGCAUCGCCGUCAUGCCGGUCUACUACAUCCGUAUGUACUUGGUGUAUGGCACCGAUGCCUUCUACCUGGUGCCCUGGGGGGGCCGCGUAGCCUGGAUCGGCUCCAGUAUCUGCCUGGACAUCAUGAACGUUAUGUGGAUGCAUAAGAUCGCACGUGGCUGCUACAGGGUGCUGCGCUCGGCACAAGGGAGCAAAGCCGGAGCACCUCAGGAGAAUGGGAAAAGGGAUUAAGGGAAACAGGGUGUCAGUGGUGAGAGAACGCCACAGCAGAGACAAAUGACAUCAUUAGCACUGUGUUGGACAGCCGUUGGUCAAACCUGCGAGGUGAUGUUACAAGACCGAAUGUAAUGAAGGAAUUAUUUUGGAAAGCAGGAGUAAUAAAGGACCGUUCAACAGGGCGUCCCUAAGCCACGGAAUGGCCUCUUAGCAAUAUGAGCAUGGCGAAUUGCCAAUCUGAAAAACGUUCGUCCAAGGAUUUGAGGAUUGCCACAAAUCGUCAAAAAGUUGACCUUUCUUUAUGCUCAACAACAGACUUUAAAAUAUUUUGUUUUUCAUUAUUAUUACUGCUGCCUGAGUCCCACGAUGGAAAUGAGGGUAAAGCAAAGAUCUAAAGGGAACCUGGGAAACGUUCUCUGUAAUGGUCAGUGCCAUACAAUCAUAGUCAGAGGCCUGUUGAGGAGAAGAGUCAAGCAUCUCUUUUUCCUCAGGAAAUCUACGUUUGCAGGGACUUGAAUGCCACAAGAUGGGAUAUUCAGUGCAAUCACAGAGGAGAACAGUUAUUUAAGUCAUUGAAUCACACACCCACAGUCAUUAGGUUCAGAGGUUUGAAUGAAAGCCAGCCUAUUAAGAAGUGUAUUUGCUAUUGUGAGUCUGUCUGCCUUUGAUUGGUUUGGAUUAAAGUGUAUUUCUUUUGUCUUGCUGGGGUCAAGGCAAAUCGUUUUUAAACAAAUAAAGAUCCUGUUUUUAAUGAAAAAAGACUAAUGUAUGGAGGACCUUAGAAUUAGUGAAAGGGAAACUGAAUGUUGCCGCUGUGUUGCUGACAUUUAGCAAUGCAAGACUUUUCCUUAAGUCAUCUCCAGAUAUUUAAACCCACAUCAUUGAAUUGGAAUUGGAAAACAAAAUUGCAUUAGAUACACAAAGUUAUAUUGAUGACACUGUUUUGUAGAGCCGGCAUCAUAUUUAUUUCACAUGUAUGCAUCACAUGUGCGAUGCAUGUAAAGGGACACUCAUUCAGAAUCAGUGUUGUAGUCAAAGAGCAACUGCUUUGAAAUGUUGGUAGUAGAUCUGACACUCUUCCAGUUUGGUUUGGCAAUAGGUUUAUAUAAUAUUCCUGUUUAUAAUAUUGUGAAAUUAACAUUAAAAUGGUAAUGGUUUGGUAAAAUCAGAGACAAUAAUCAGUAUUUGAAAUGGUAAUACUUCUGUAUAUAUGUUAAAGAUAUUUUGUGGUUAUUUUAGAGCAUUUUGUGACAAAUAGCUUCUGUUCUGUAUGAUUUCCAGCUGUUAAACACCAUGUGCACUUCCAUAGUUAUUCAUGAUACAAAAUAUACUGUUAUGUUUUCAGUUGAAUAUGUAGAAGUUACGAGGAUUCACCCCACCGUUGUUUCUAAAGCGAUAUUCUACAGACACAGCAGUUAAUCGUCGUACAACACUGAACAAAACCGUACAAGGCUUUCAGGACAAAUGUAUCAUUUGUUCAAAUUAAAGAUGGCAAUUCAUAGAUGAUUUACAAAACUUGAAUUUAUAUUGAAACUGUAUCUUCAUGAGCUGUACAUCACUAGCUUCUAUCAAAAGUGUUGCUAGUUUUGGAAGUAGGCCUUGUUGUUCAGCGCUUGAUUUUGUUGCCUUUUUAAAAACAACUUCUGAUUGCACAGUGAAUAUUUUGUUACACCCCUACAACACUGUUUUUUUUUUUCUUCCAUGUCUGAUGCCUGUCGAAAGUGAUUGUUCAGCCUUUGUUAUAGCUCCAAAUGUAAAUCCAAGCGGCAUGUGAAGGCUGGUUGUUUUAGUGCUUUUGUUUUGUCGUGGUUUUAAGUUCAAAUUUACGUUACGUGCCAGUGCUUUAGCCAUUCAUGCGAAAUACUUUUCAGUGCCAACCAUGAUUUGUUCUGUUGUCACACAGCUCUGUAGUCACGGUGUGAUGCGGCUCAGUGAAGUUUGGCUUGGUCAAAAGUGUGAAAGACUUUUGCGCCAUUUUAUUACAGACACUGUUUGGAACAGGAUGGACUCUGGCUAUGAGACACUAUCUCACAUCUUAGAUAACCGUCAGGAUGUGUUAAUAUUUCACUGGGAAUAAAUGGAAAUCAUAAAAGGGUUUCAGGUCAGCAUUCUGUUAGAACCAGGUGUGGCUCUGUAUGCAUGGUCUAUUUGAUCUUCUUCAUGCACCCUCUAUAACUGCAUGUGGUAUUGCAUGGGGAUCGCACUGUAAACAGAUAUACAUUUUGCAAGACAACUUUUGUUAAUUAUUUUUCUUAGUGCAUAAUGUUUACCUAACGUUUUUCUUGUACUGUGUCACAUAAUGUAGUGUAGUACAGAUGGUGAUGCGGCGAGAACAUAAAGAUAUUUUGUAUAAUAUCCUGCACAGAGAGAGGUCCUAAGGGAAUACUUGAAUACUGGUCAGCACAGUCUAUAACAUUCUGGGCACUCAGAAUAAACAUGAAUACUAAGAGCAUCUAGCAUUGUGUCUGUACCAUUGUCUUUAAUUUAUUAAUCCAAAAGCAGAUGCUGCGGUAACAGAGAGCCCAGUGCUGGUGUCUGUGUUUCUGUUCUGAAUGUCGUACGAGCAGAGAUGUGAGUAGACGGAGUGUUUAGUGACAUUCUAUGAAUGUAUUGGAGAAGAGGAAAUACUUGUCAUUUACAUUUUCACUUGUUCUUUCCAAUAAAUACCAAAUUAACUGA